CGAGUGGAUACUUUGGAAGACAUUGUGGUGAGAAUGAAGGUGCGUCACGAUGCGGAGGAAGAAAAGGAACGCAACCGCAAAGAUGAUGAAGAGAAGGCUAAGAAGGAGAAAGAGGAGGAGGAGAGGAGGUUGCAAGAUCGCAAGGAGCAUGAGGCGUUUCAUCGUGAGAUGGCGGUAACCAUGAAUUCUAAGUUGGACCGUGUUUGUGAAGUAUUGAAGGAAUCAAAGGGCAAGGAUUGUGAUACUGUUGAGAAGCUACAUGCGGAAGUUGACGAGCUUCGACGUUGUCGUGUUGCAACUGCUUCAGUGGCUCCGGUCACUGUUAGUAAAGUUCCUGAGAGGGAGUUGAUUGACCAACUGUUGCAUGAGCAAGAGGAAUUGAAGAAGCGGUUGGCGAGCAUUUCAUUGACCGACCAACGUGUGGCCGCUAUGGAGGGUGAGCUCGUAGGUUUGCGCAAGGAGCGGGACGGUGCUGUGGUUAAAGCUGAUGCAUGGAUGAACCAAGCUCUUCAGCCUGACAACAAGCGGGGUAGCAUUGUGCUCCCAACUCCACCAUCGAUCCCACGUGUGAGAAGACGUUUUUCACCAGUGCAGUCCGUUUUCAAGUCCCCAUCUGCUGCGCUUCGGCAGGCUACAGACGACCUUCGCGAGAUGUCUAAUCGGCACCAGGAGGAGGUGGAUGCUCUUAAGGAGUUACGAGCACGGGAUCUGAAUCAAGCGAGGGAAGCUGAACAAGAAGCUCAACGACUGAAAGAUGCAUUAGCCAAGAAGGAUAAGGUGGUCCAACCGACACCUCGUUCGGAGUUCCGUUCAAAAUUGGAUGAUGUCGCUGCUGCAAAAGGCACAUCUGCCAGGAAGAAAGUUGUCGCUCGAACUGACGAGCAGGAUGUGACGUUGAACAAUCGGGAGGCGUUUAUGAAAGAUGCAAGGAAGAGCUUGAGACGGAUGAAGAUGGACGAAGUCAAGGCCCUAUGUGCGAGGGAGGGUAUCACUUACUCCACUCUUGACGUGGCCAAAGAAGAGCUCGUGAAGAAAAGGACUGCUCAAGCCUUUGGGUCAAGUUCCGGAGGAUCGAAGAAUGAUGUGUUAACUAUUGACGAAGGUUCUGAGGACGUGGCGGGUUCUGGGUCCGGUGGUAAGGCGGCCGACGAUGAGGCCGUCUCUUCGUAGGUUCGUACCCGGACGUGGUCAAUCUAUGGUCUAUUGUGAAACGUU